AUGUCGCAUCGCCAUGUUACUGUUUGGAAUGAAACCCAUAACAACAUCCAUGAUCGAAAUCAGUCCUUUACGGUAGUAAUCGAUCCCAUGACAUGCAUGCUUCGUAUUCCCAUAAAUCAUAUCCAAAAAACCCGCGCACAGAAUCGAAGUGGGCUGCCCUCACUCUGCCAGCUUUACUUGAACAAUCGUUGUCGUCAAGGGUCCAAUUGUUUUCAAAUCCAUGCUGAUUAUCAUGUCGUCAUGAAAUUGCGGGAUGAAAUAGGCAAAUUGCCGCGGUGCUGUAUGGCUCAUGGUGAUACAGACCGUAUUGGCUUAUUUAACCCCGGGACUCGAGAACUACCUUUGGAUCUCUCGAAUGACAAAGACAAUACAAAAAUGGAUGGUACUCCAGGUAAUGACUCUGGAGAAACUCGUUCCAUCACUUACACUCCACAAUAUGCGCUGGAGGAUAUGGUAUUGUACAUUCCAGGGUAUUUUAUGAACUCAGGUUACAAAAAUGAUGCUGACGAUGGAUCUUCCUACAUUCCAAUCAAAUAUUGCAGCUAUACACUAGCCCUUCGGCGCCUAUUGGCAGAGGUUGACAUGCUGGAGACCCCUCCCCUUCGAACAAUAAAAAAUGGCGACAAACCGAAGGUAGUUUUGGAUGCCAGUAAUACAAUCCUUUGCCGUAUGCACGUAAUGGAUCGAUGUCUUUACGCGGAGGAAUGUAAGUUCCUACAUUUGUGCAAAAGAAUCGUAUUUAUAAACCCAAACUCGAUUCACACAAUAGGAAUAUCGGUAGAUCAUAGACAAUUCAAUAAAUCACCAUGCAACAUCCACUACCCUCACAGCCAUCACCAUUACAAUACAGCGUUUCCAAUGCCCUAUGCGGACGAUAUGCACUUUAACUUCGUGAACCAGCGCGGGUGGCGGAACUCCGGCGACACCUUCUACCCUCCUUUCCCCAACGACGCCGCACCGAAAUAUAAAGAGCAUCGACACGCGAGGCCAUACUACAUGUGGAAUGUUGAUAACGCACGCCCCUGUAAUACUGGCGCCUAUAUGCAGGAAUCCGGUUGUGAUACGAGCCCCUCCUUUUCUACCUUACGAUUCAGGCAAAAACACUUUCGGAGGCUGUUAAUCCCCGGCUGUCGAUCCUCCGAGCCCAACAACGAUGAAGCCACCGCCAUGGCUAGGAUCCCCCCCCCUCAACAUACCGCACCCCAGCCUUCUUCGCUCACCCAACGGGUCUCCCAGCCUCACUCGAUUGACAGCUGCCCCGACACGAACUUCACCGCCUCCUUAUCCACACUCGUCAAUGACAAGAUCCGGGUGUUGACCGAUGGCCCGACCCCGGGCACCCAGUCCGGCACCUCCGACUCCUCCAAGAUGAGCCACGAAAACGGGCACAAAAACGAGUCCAACACCUCCCUGUUUAACUUCUCCGGGGCUGUCUCCUUUGGCCUCCCGCGCGACCCGUUACUGGAGGUGAAAACCACCCCCUCCCGGCCCCCGGAGGGUUUCAGCAAGUCCUGCCCGGAGCCCAGCCAGUCUAACGACUUCGGCCUGAACCUUCCUAACCCACUUUCACUCGAUACCGAGGGUGUGAUACGCAACUUUCAGUACCAGAACUACAACAAAGACCUCACCCACGAACCCUUAGAGAAGCCCGCCACACAACCGAAGAACGUCCCUUGCUGGCAACACAACCCAUACACCGGCGUGAUGCUUAACGGUAUUAAUUUGUUUUGUAAGGAUAGCAACGUAAUGAGCUCUAAUAAUAAAAAAAAAAACAAUGAAACUAUUCCACUUUAUGUAGGAAAUUUUUAA